UAUGAUGACACAGAAGCACCAAGCAGGGGAGCGGAUCUCCCAUAUGGGAGUUGGCGUCCUCUCCCAGCUAAGCCCAUAGAGAAGACUGAAAAUGUGGAAGAUGAAUAUGAAAGCUUCAGUGAAGAAAACAACUAUGACAAGAUCCCACUUCCUUCUAAAAGGGAGGAACCAAAACCCCACGCUAAACAAUCAAGCCCUGAGGAUAACUUUGUUACAGGCAAGUCAGUCUUCACUCCAUUCCUCUGGAAGGGCUCUUGGAGGAGAAAUGGCAUACCUGUGCUCUUGGCUCUCGUUGUUGGCUGUCUCAUAAUUGAUAUCAUUCUUCUCUCACAAUAUGCUGCCAUGAUUUCAGAGCUCAAGAAGCUGAAUUUCAGCUUUACACAAGAAACCUGUGAUGUUUCAACAGCCCUUCUAAUGAUCAAAGAGGCGAAGAAUGAAUUUCUAGCAGAGCUCAGAACUAUAGAAAAUAUUGCUCAGAGGUGUGAAGCAAGUGACAGAAGAGCGGAGGAAACGAUCAGAUUAGCAGAAAAACUGAGUGCAGAAAGGCAAGCUAACCUUAGAAAUGUCUGCAGCAGACCUGACCCUUUGCACUGGCAAGAAUUUGAAGGUAGCUGCUAUUAUUUCUCAGAUACUGAAGAACAGUGGAGAAAUGCCAGAAAAUUCUGUGCUGCAGCUAACUCCCAUCUGAUCAUUAUUAACAGCAAGAGGGAGCAGGAUUUUGUGGUUCCAAAAAUAAAGCAGACAACAGUCUGGCUUGGCCUAAGUGAUAUAGAAACGGAGGGAACCUGGUGCUGGGUUGAUGGAUCACUGCAAGGACUAAAAUACUGGAAGCAUGGUGAACCUAAUAAUACUGGUAAUAAUGAAGACUGUGCUGUCCUGUCCACAGAGAGAAACUGGAAUGACAUCCCUUGUGAUAGAGAAGUCCAUUUUGUGUGUGAGAGGAUAGGUUGUAUCCCUCAUUAAGAAAGAAAGCAGUGAGUCUCCCUAUAUGAAAUCCUUGAUGCAUGUUCCACAUAUUUCUUUUCUCCAGGCUUUUCUGGAUAUUCUUUAACAGCUGCAGAUCUGGGAUACUCAAGACAACCAUUAGUACAUUUUUUUAUAUGUAUUAAUAUAUCACCUGCAAACAUGGUACAGUUACUUUGAAUCUUUGACUACUGCUUCUUGCAGAAAUAGCUGCAAAUCUUUGAGUAAGAUGUAUGCCUUUCAUAAAUUAAACUGAUUCUCCUUUAUGUCAGCACUCCUUAUGAGAUAACUUUCCCAUCUGACCUUUUCAGAUGGGAAAGAUAUGGUUCAUCAUCUUGUUCACAUAUGAACGCAACACCAUGGAGGGAUUUAACUAAGUAUAGUAGCAACUGCCACAUUUCCAAAGAAAUGCUUGAUAUGCAGACUUUUACAAUAAUUUAUUUCUAAUUUUCAUGCUGUUUUCCACAGUCCGACUCCCGAAUGACAGCUCUUCCCACCAAGUCAUGGUCCUUCGGAUUUAAUUUUUAUUUCAGUUCAUCACAUCAGUGAGCAAGGUCACUGGGAUUCUAAGUGCAUCCUUUAUUUUGAAUCUCACAAAUUCUAUUCAGUGUAUACCAUCUAUAAAUUUCACUGGGAUACACAAGAUCAUCCUUCCUAAAAAUGGUGACAUGACUGACAAAGAGCACUCUUCCCAUUUCAGCACCCAAGAAGGCAUGUGUGCUGCAUGAAAUAGUGAUCAUAAACAAAAGGGCAAUUUUUUUCUAGGGUAGUUUUUAUCACUUUUCAUUAUUGUCAUUUCAACCAUGUGCAAGACAGUGUACCUGUGUGUGUAUAUCACCUGUUGACUUAUAGCGACCCCAUUAAUUUCAUAGGGU